AUGCCCAACUAUCUCAACAAGAAGAGGCUCGCUAUCAUCAUCUCUGUUUUCGUCGUCGUUGCCCUCAUCAUCGCCAUCGCUGUGCCGCUCUCGCUCCGCUCUUCUGACGAUGACAGCAAGUCAGAGCCACCAAAGAACCAGCCCCAGGGUGGGGACUGUUUUCCCGAGGCUGAGGGCAACCCUGCACUAAUCACAAAGGAAGAGUGCGAAAAGCGAGGCUGUACGUACUACACAGACCCCGUGUCCUGCAACUAUGGGGAGAACCAGUACAGUCUGGAACUUGCCAGCCUCACGCAGACGACUCUUGGGGUCCAGGCUACCAUCAAACAGAGCAGAAAUGCGCCGUUUGGUGGAGAUAUUCGAGAGUGGAUCUUCACGUUUGAAAAUCGCGGGAACGACAUCGCGAGAUUUAAGAUCGAUACAGCUGACGGGAAGAGGUACAAGGUUCCCAUCCACUUGACGCUGCCUGAAAACAAAGGGGCGUCACCGCAAUACGAUUUUAAAAUCACCAACAACAAAACAUUCGCCUUUCAGAUCAUCCGCAAAAGGACAAACACUGUCAUUUUUGACAUUGAUGUGGGCCCAGGGUCCCUAGUACUGUCCGACCAGUUCCUUCAAAUCACGACCAAACUGCCCAGCACCAACGUGUACGGCCUGGGGGAGCAUGUACACCAGCACUUCAAGCACAACAUGAAUAAAACCUGGACAUCCUUCUCACGUGACCAGGGGCCGUCUGUUGAUGUUAUGGCCAAUUUGUAUGGUGUUCAGCCCUUCUAUACUUGUGUGGAAGACGCGGCAGGACACACACAUGGAGUUCUCAUGCUCAACAGCAAUGCUCAAGAAUAUGCCUUUACUGAACUUCCUAGUUUGACAUUUAGAACUAUUGGAGGUAUCCUUGACUUCUAUGUGUACAUGGGCCCUAGUCCUGAAGCGGUUAUACAGCAAUAUACAGGGACUGUUGGACGCCCUAUGAUGCCACCAUAUUGGUCCCUGGGUUUCCAACUGUGUAGAUAUGACUACCACAACAUCACCAACCUACAGGAAGCUGUAGACUCCACUGCCAGAUAUGAGAUUCCACAUGACGUCCAGUAUGUAGAUAUUGACCACAUGGACACACAGAAAAUUUUUACUGUAGAUCAUAAAAACUUUCCAAACCUAAAUGAGUAUUUUAAAACUCUUCAAGCUGGUGGGAUGAGAAUUAUCUACAUAUUGGACCCAUGCAUGAUCUCAAAUGAGACAAACUACCAUCCUUAUGAAGAGAUGAAGAAAAACAACUGCAACAUUAAGUGGGAUCCCAAAUUCACUCAUCCAAGUGAUGCUGCAGAUACAGAUGGUGCAUUGCUGGGUUAUGUUUGGCCUGUUGGAAAAACAGUUUUUCCUGAUUUCUUGAAAACAAAAACUAAGGAAGUUUGGAAAAAGCUUAUCAUAGAUUACAAAACUAACUUGACAUUUGAUGGACUGUGGAUUGACAUGAAUGAGCCGGCUAGUUUUGGCACAAAUGAAGAGAGACCUUUUAACUGGCCAGAAGAUGUCAAGCCCUAUUGGAGUCUUAAGUGUCCAAGCAACACUUUAGAAGAUCCUCCAUACAGAACCAAAGCUGCUUACAUGUGGGACAGUGGACCAAAGAAAGGUCGUCUGUCAGAUAAAACAAUUUGCAUGAGUACAGUCCAGGGAAACAACGAUGAGUACUCACACUAUGAUGUUCACAGCUUGUAUGGGUGGAGCCAGUCUGAUGUCACCCUUGAGGCCGUAAGAGAAGCAACAGGAGAAAGAGGCAUAGUCAUCAGUAGGUCCACCUUCCCAGGGUCAGGUCAAUGGGUAGGUCAUUGGCUUGGGGAUAAUACCAGUAGAUGGAAGGACCUGUACAGCUCAAUCAUUGGGUUACUGGAAUUCAAUCUCUUUGGCAUUCCUUAUAUUGGUGCUGACAUUUGUGGAUUUUUUGAGGAAACAACUGAAGAGUUAUGUGCAAGAUGGAUGCAACUUGGAGCAUUCUACACAUUUAGCAGGAACCAUAACACAAAGGGGCCAAAACCACAAGGCCCUGGCCAGUUGGGAGACUAUGUUGGUUAUAUUUCUAGAGACAUUAUGCGAGUCAGGUAUCAACUACUGCCGUAUCUGUACACCUUGUUCUAUGAGGCCCACAUAAAAGGCUCCACAGUCAUCCGUCCACUACACCAUGAAUUUCCAACAGAUCCAAUAGCAUUAUCAACAGACAAGCAGUUCCUUUGGGGAGCUUGUCUGCUCAUAUCCCCCAUUCUUGAAGAGAAACAGACUGUGUUGAAUUAUUAUUUACCCAAAGGAAGAUGGUAUAAUUAUUUUACGCAUGUUGGAGAGGAUCUUCCCCAAGGUGCAAUGAGAUCUGUAGCAGUUGACAAGUUUUCUAAGCCAUUGCUACAUCUUAGGGGAGGAUGUAUUAUUGUCCAACAAGACUAUGCUAAUAAUACACAUUACAGUCGCCAAAAACCAUUAACAAUUGUGGUUGCAUUAGAUGAACAAGGAAAAGCAGCUGGACAUUUCUAUUGGGAUGAUGGCUCUUCAAAAGAUAUAAAGGAUAACUUUUAUUUGGCUGAUAUCAAAGUCGAAAAUGAAAUCCUAUCACUCUCUGUAUCGGAAAAGACACGGUCUGAAAACGAAUGGGAUAAACUGAAAUUUAGAAAAGCUGUAAUAAUGGGUGUAGGCUUUCCUGUGAACCAUGUGACAUAUGAAGGAAACAUAUUGUCCUUUAACCACACAGAGCAGGUUUUGGAGGUUGAUCUUCCUGAUAUUCCAAUGCGUAAAGAUUUCUCACUGACAUGGAACUUGGGCCUGGAUUGUUUUCCUGAAGCUGAAGGAAAAUCACAGGACAUCAACGAAACUGAAUGUAAAAAUAGAGGCUGCACAUAUUCCUCUAACCCAGCGUCCUGCAGAUAUAAUGCCAGCAAUUAUAGGCUGCAGUUCAAAGAUUAUACUGAAACCAGCCUGGGAUUUCAGGGAAAACUUCAGCAGAUUGGCAAUGCACCGUUUGGUGGUGACAUUAGGGACUGGAUCUUUACUUUUGAAAAUAGGGGAGACAAUGUUGCAAGAUUUACUAUUGAUACUCAAGCAUCAGGUAGAUACAAGGUGCCUAAAGCUAUGAACCUGGAGAAUUCAAAAGGAUCAUCUCCAAAAUAUCUGAUCAAUAUAACAAACUAUGAUAAUUUUGCUUUCCAAAUCAUCAGAAACAGCACCCAGAAAGUCAUCUUUGAUAUCGGUGUUGGAGCAGGGAGUUUAGUUUUGUCGGACCAGUUCCUACAAAUUACAACACGACUUCCCAGCACAAAUGUCUAUGGUCUUGGUGAACAUGUGCAUGAGAGUUUCAAACACGACAUGACUAGAACAUGGACAUCAUUCGCUCGUGACCAGCCCCCUUCAUGGGAUGCUAUGGCAAAUCUGUAUGGUGUUCACCCAUUUUAUACCUGUGUUGAGGACUCAGAGGGAAACACACAUGGAGUUUUGAUGUUGAACAGUAAUGCUCAAGAAUAUUCUUUCACCAUCCUUCCCAGUUUGACUUUUAGAACUAUUGGUGGUAUAUUGGACUUUUAUAUCUUCAUGGGACCCGACCCAGAGGAGGUCAUACAACAAUACACUGGGGUUAUUGGACGCCCUAUGAUGCCACCAUAUUGGUCCCUUGGUUUCCAGCUGUGUAGAUAUGACUACCACAAUAUCACCAACCUACAGGAAGCUGUGGACUCUACUGCCAGAUACCAGAUCCCACAUGAUGUCCAGUAUGUAGAUAUUGACCACAUGGACACACAAAAAAUCUUCACUGUAGAUCACGUCAGAUUCCCAGGUCUAAAUGAUUAUUUCAAAAGUCUUCAAGCUGGUGGGAUGAGGAUCAUCUACAUCCUGGAUCCAUGCAUGAUCUCAAAUGAGACAAACUACUAUCCUUAUGAAGAGAUGAAGAAAAAUAACUGCAACAUUAAGUGGGAUCCUAAAGUCAGUCACCCAAAUGAUUCAGCGGAUACAGAUGGUGCAUUGCUGGGUUUUGUUUGGCCCCAGGGAAAAACAGUGUUCCCAGACUAUAUGAAAAAUAUUACCAAGUCUAUCUGGAAAAAGCUGAUAGUAGACUACAGAAAUAAUCUCACUUUUGAUGGACUCUGGAUUGAUAUGAAUGAGCCAGCAAGCUUUGGCACUAAUGAAGAAAGACCAUUCAAUUGGCCAGAAGAUGACAAGCCUUACUGGAGUCUAAGAUGUCCAAAUAAUUUAAAAGAGGAUCCACCAUACAGGACUAAGGCUGCCUAUCGAUGGGACAAUGGACCAAAGAAAGGUCGUCUGUCUGAUAAAACAAUUUGCAUGAGUACAGUCCAGGGAAACAAUGAUGAGUACUCACAUUAUGAUGUUCACAGCUUGUAUGGGUGGAGCCAGUCAGAUGUCACCCUUGAUGCUGUGAGAAAUGCCACAGGCGAAAGAGGUAUUGUAAUAAGUCGCUCUACAUUCCCAGGAUCUGGCCAGUGGGUGGGGCACUGGCUAGGUGAUAAUACCAGUCAAUGGAAGGAUAUGUUUAGCUCUAUUAUAGGUUUACUAGAAUUCAACUUAUUUGGCAUUCCUUAUAUUGGUGCAGAUAUAUGUGGUUUCUUUGAUAACACAACUCAGGAAUUAUGCUUAAGGUGGAUGCAGCUUGGGGCAUUUUAUACCUUUAGCAGGAACCACAACACUAAAGGGCCAAUCCCCCAAGGCCCUGGUCAGUUGGGUGAUGCUGUUGGCAACGCCUCCAGAGAAAUAAUGCAAGUUCGCUACAAGCUGCUGCCAUAUCUAUACACUCUGUUUUACAAAGCCCACACGCAGGGUUCUACUGUCAUACGACCGCUUCAUCAUGAAUUUCCAAAAGACCAUACAGCUUUAUCCAUUGACAAGCAAUUCUUAUGGGGACCAUGUUUACUGAUUUCUCCAAUUCUUGAGCAGGGUCAAAGUCAACUGACAUAUUAUUUACCAAGUGGAAAAUGGUAUGAUUAUUUUACACACAAUGAAGAGUUAUCACCAGGUGGUUAUAGCACUGUGAAUGUCACAUUGAUGUCCAAACCUAAGCUUCAUCUGCGUGGAGGUUAUAUAAUAGUGGAACAGGAUUAUGCAAACAACACUCACUUUAGUCGUCAAAAUCCAUUCACAAUUCUUGUAGCACUUGAUGAACUGGACAGAGCGGAGGGUGACAUUUACUGGGAUGAUGGUGUCUAUAUUGAUCCUAUACCCAUCCAUUACUACUACAAGGCCAGAAUAUUGGUUGAAAAUAAUAAUCUUCUAAUGAUGGUGAAUCACCAACCAGCACAGGAAGGCGACUGGGUAAAAUUGGCCUAUCAACAAAUUUUAAUAAUGGGCAUCAAACAAAAUGUCACUCAAAUAACUCAAUAUGAUAAUAAAAUCCUUAAUUUCACACAAAGCAACAAACUUUUACAAAUCACAGUAAACAGCCCAAUCCAAUGGAACAUGAACAUCACCUGGCAUUUUGCCUAACCUUUAAUGUUUGUGAUCUUGAAAGUUGUACCAUGUGUUAGAAAAUAAUUUUUUGCAAUGUUAAAUAAAAUAUUUAGAUUUUAUAUUUAAAUGUAUGUAAUGUAUUAUUUUACAAUAAUAAAGUUAAGGACCAGAAUUUCUUUUUUCUAUUUUCUAAUAAAACUUUUUAAACAUUUUAAAUUUAUUUUCUGACACUACAAAAUGUUAGAACUGUAUUCAUCCAGGUAAUAAAUUUUGAGUUGUUUCAAAUUUGGUGUUGGAAGCCAAACCAAAGAAAUUAUUCUAAGCUCUAUUUUGUUCUUUUGGGGAAAACAUUUGUAUUUGGGUUUUUUUUUUAAACUGAUUUUUUUAUUGUAUGAAUUCUUACUAACACUCCAAAAAGCUUAUUUGCUCAUGAAUUCCGGUGUGAUAUCUCAUUUCAUGUUUUUAAUGUUUUUUUAAUUAAUCAAAUUAGAAAACAUUUUUAAGCGUAAAUUCUACACACAAGUCCAAGAACCCUAGACAAUCUUUAAUUGCUAAAACUUAAUUAUGAUUCUUAUCUUUAUAAAUGUUUCGGUUCCCAAUUUGUUAAAAUAUUUCUAUCCAAUUGCAUUUUUUAUUUUAUGUGCACAUUGUUGUUUAAUGAUCUG